CUGUCAUCAGUAUGCUGCUACUGGAGCGCGCGGGUCUUCAUUGCGACCAUGCCAGGACUACUGCUAGGAGAUGAGUUUCCUAAUUUUGAGGCCGAAACCACUAACGGCAAAAUUAAAUUCCACGAUUUUUUGGGUGACUCCUGGGGUAUCCUGUUCUCCCACCCCCGUGACUACACCCCUGUCUGCACCACAGAGCUGGGCCGAGCAGCCAAACUCAGUGACGAGUUCAGCAGGCGCAACGUGAAGAUGAUCGCCCUGUCCAUUGACAGUCUGGAGGAUCACCGUGGCUGGACCAAGGACAUCUUGGCCUACAACGAUGAGGAGUCUGGCUGUGCGUUCCCCUUCCCCAUCAUAGCAGACAAUCAGAGGGAGCUGGCAGUGGCCCUGGGCAUGCUGGACCCAGAUGAGAAGGACAAGGACGGCAUGCCCCUCACUGCCCGCUGUUUUCGGGUUUUUGUGAUUGGCCAAGACAAGAAGCUGAAGCUGUCCUUGCUCUACCCUGCCACAACGGGGCGUAACUUUGAUGAGAUCCUGAGAGUGGUCGACUCCCUUCAGCUCACAGCAAAGACCCGGGUGGCCACCCCUGCUGAUUGGCAGCCAGGUGAGCGCGUGAUGGUUCCUCCAAACAUCCCUGAGGAGGAGGCAGCAGCCAUGUUCCCUGCAGGGGUCUACACCAAAGAGCUACCUUCAGAAAGGAAGUACCUGCGCUACACACCUCAGCCAUGAGGGGCAGCAGAGGAUCACACCUAUAGUCACACAGCCUCCCACACAACCACAGAGGGAGAUGAUGAGGACAAUGAAAGGGAUUGCCAUUCUCCUUACGAUGGUGGAGUGCCGAUCAUAUCACAGAUUGACUGGUAGCAUUUUGCUGAUAAUAUGGUGUCAGGACGUGUUCUUGUUGCAUUUGUUGUAGUACUCGCAUGUUCAAAGACACAUAGCUGACAACUCAAUUUAUUGAGUUGAAUGUGCAGUUGUCAGGUUUAAGAUGUAUUAAAUACUUUGGACAGGUGUGCUGCCUUACUUCUAAUAGUGAGACGAUUAAUAAAAUGCCUUCAACAGCAA